UUUUUUUAACAUUGUUGUUUCUCUCCAUAGAUAUUUGGAGUUCUUAACAACAUGGCAGACAUUGACAACAAAGAACAGUCUGAACUUGAUCAAGAUUUGGAUGAUGUUGAAGAAAUAGAAGAAGAAGAAACUGGUGAAGAAACAAAAAUCAAAGCGCGUCAGCUGACUGUUCAGAUGAUGCAAAAUCCUCAGAUUCUUGCAGCCCUCCAAGAAAGACUUGAUGGUCUGGUAGAAACACCAACAGGAUACAUUGAAAGCUUGCCUAAGGUAGUUAAAAGACGAGUGAAUGCUCUCAAAAACCUUCAAGUUAAAUGUGCACAGAUAGAAGCCAAGUUCUAUGAGGAAGUUCAUGAUCUUGAAAGAAAGUAUGCUGUUCUCUAUCAGCCUUUAUUUGAUAAGCGAUUUGAGAUCAUUAAUGCAAUUUAUGAACCUACGGAAGAAGAAUGUGAAUGGAAACCAGAUGAGGAAGAUGACAUUUCGGAGGAGCUGAAAGAAAAGGUCAAAAUUGAAGAUGAGAAAAAGGAUGAAGAAAAACAAGACCCCAAGGGAAUUCCUGAAUUUUGGUUGACUGUUUUUAAGAAUGUUGACUUGCUCAGUGAUAUGGUUCAGGAACAUGAUGAACCUAUUCUGAAGCACUUGAAAGAUAUUAAAGUGAAGUUCUCAGAUGCUGGCCAGCCUAUGAGUUUUGUUUUAGAAUUUCACUUUGAACCCAAUGAAUAUUUCACAAAUGAAGUGUUGACAAAGACAUACAGAAUGAGGUCAGAACCAGAUGAUUCUGAUCCCUUUUCUUUUGAUGGACCAGAAAUUAUGGGUUGUACAGGGUGCCAGAUAGAUUGGAAAAAAGGGAAGAAUGUCACUUUGAAAACCAUUAAAAAGAAACAGAAACACAAGGGACGUGGGACAGUUCGUACUGUGACCAAAACAGUUUCUAAUGACUCGUUCUUUAAUUUUUUUGCCCCUCCUGAAGUUCCUGAGAGUGGAGAUCUGGAUGAUGACGCUGAAGCUAUCCUUGCUGCAGACUUUGAAAUUGGUCACUUUUUACGUGAGCGUAUAAUCCCAAGAUCAGUGUUGUACUUUACUGGAGAAGCCAUUGAAGAUGAUGAUGAUGAUUAUGAUGAAGAAGGUGAAGAAGCGGAUGAGGAAGGGGAAGAAGAAGAUGAGGAAAAUGAUCCAGACUAUGACUCAAAGAAGGAUCAAAACCCAGCAGAGUGCAAGCAGCAGUGAAGCAGGAUGUAUGGCCUUGAGGAUAACCUGCACUGGUCUACCUUCUGCUUCCCUGGAAAGGAUGAAUUUUCAUCAUUUGACAAGUUCAUUUCAAGUUUUUUGUUGUUUCUUUGUUUGUUUGCUUGUUUGUAGCCUAAAAUAAAAAUGUCAAAUAUAAUUUUAGUUCUCACAAGAUAAUGUCUUACAAUUUUGUACUAAUUCAGGCAGAAGUGAAGCCUUAGCUUGAAUUAAGUAUUGUGCCCAGUUUACUAUUAUAUUGAAGAAAAGGGUGCCAACUCUGGACGAGGUGUACUACAUUUAAUAAGACAGUAUAAAAAAAAGACAAAUGGUGUAAUUGUUUUUAAAGAGUAAGUUAAGUUUUAUUUCCUUUGGUUAGAAUGAGAGAAGGCCUCAAGCCUCUGAUGAAUUCCAAUUCUUACUGUUUAAAGUAUGAGUAUGUUGUUUACCCAUGCUUCUGUUUACUAUGUAUUAAAAUGGGUAGUACUGUUUACUUAACUACCUCACAUGUGUUAGACAUAUUAAUUAAAUUAUAUAUGAAAUAAUUCUCAACCUAUUGAAAGCUUAAAAAUUUGGAACUUUUUGCACCACAAGUAUGAUAUUCAGCCUUUUAGUCUACCACAGUUUGCUAAAUAAACCAGAAAACAAAAGUCAAGUACUUUACUCUGGAUCUGGUCAGGCAGUGCUCUUUUGGUGGCUCCUUAUUUAAUAAAAGUGGAUGGAUAACCAACUAUUUCAAAGGUCCAAGGAUCGUUUUUAGGUAUUUUUGUUAUGACCAUAGAGAACAUGGUUCUAAAAUAGAAGUAAGACCGUUUCAAGGGGGUCAGGGGAAUCCCACUAAAUUUGGUACUGUAGAGCCACAUUGAAAAUACCUCAGGCUAAUUACUGUUGAUUUUUUCUGGUGAACUGAAAGUUUUGGCAGUGAGGGUGGACUAAUUGGAUUGUAAUUGGAAAACAGCUUAGAGUUUCUGCUUAUAACAGAAUAACAUUAGGUUCAUUUUUAGAAAUGAUAGAGCUUCCAUUUUGAAAAUUUAGUAUUAUGGUCUUAGAAUGUGAAUGAAUACAUUUUGUUAUUUGUAUAGUACUAUCUUUUUCACUCCUGAGAUUUUAAUUAACUGCUGGAAAUCCUUAACCAAUUGCAUUAGUUUAUGUGGGGGGUGGGGGGAUAUGCCAUGAAAACACCUGAUGUUUUUCCUCAUCAUUUUCAAAUUGAUUUUGGUUGCUUUGAUUAGACCUUCUGUGCUAAGGUUUUUUUGUACCCAUAGCUCAUUUGAACACAUCUGAACUUUAAAAAUGUUAACCUAAAGAUAGGUUCUCAUUUUUAUAUGAACUUUAAGUAGCAAAACCACUAUAUUCUUUUUUUUCAUUAGGAAAUAGCUAUUGCCAAAGUAAGGGAGAAGAUACUAUUUCAUCUUGUUAUAUAAGGGCAAUGUGAUUUGCAGAGGAAUUGCUCUCUAUUAAUAAAGUUGGGGUUUCAAGGGAUAUCAGUGUUCAUCUCUGCCAUCUUUCCAGUUCCAAAAGAUUCUAUUCCAUUGAAGAAACUUGAGAUAUGUAAUUGGAAGACCUUAAUAAAAUUUGCAUUUAAUUUUAUAAAAUGUA